AUGGCCACCCGCCAGCUCGUCCCCAACACAACGUCAUCCGCCACCUUCUUCCGAGCCCUCGCCAUAGCCUCUGUCGCACGAACAUGUCCUCACACAGCCCGCACGUUCGCAUCCUCGCGGCAACGUAGUCAGUCCUCUAAGCGAGAACUCUACACCGUGCCAUCAUAUCAGCCGCACUCAUUACCACAAGACUUCCCGCUCCCGCCACGAAACACAGAAGUACCAUUAGAAACAUCAAUACCUGCGCCAGCACGGUCACCCGUGCGCAGUACCGAAGGACAAACCCCUACACAGCAGACAAGUCCGACUCGACAACAAACACCAGGGCAGACUACUACAGCCCCACUCCCUCAACAAAAGCAGUCAACCACCACACCACCUACAACAAAACCAAAACGAAAAUCCACCCUCCGCCCCCGCAAAGCCGCCCUUAAAAUUUCCCCCCACGCAAUCACCCACCUCCGCAACCUCCUCGACCAGCCCAACCCGCAACUCAUCCGCGUCGGCGUCAAGAACCGCGGCUGCAGCGGGCUCGCCUACCAUCUCGAAUUCGUGGACAAACCCGGCGCGUUCGACGAGGUGGUUGAGCAGGAUGGAGUGAAGGUUCUGAUCGAUAGUAAAGCGCUAUUUAGCAUUAUUGGGUCCGAGAUGGAUUGGUUGGAGGAUCAGUUGAGUGCGAGAUUCGUGUUUCGGAAUCCGAACGUGACGGAGAGUUGUGGGUGUGGUGAGAGUUUUAGCGUGUCAUAG